AUGUUGGACCACUUCACUGUAAUUGGUCCCAACGGUUCACACGAUUGUUUGGUCUUGGAGCUUGUUGGUCCUAAUGUUUCAGAUGUCAUUCUCAACCACUGCAGUGAUGGCAGGCUGCCAUCCCCCGCUGCAAGGUCGAUCUCGAGGCAGGUGUUGCAAGGUCUCGAUUAUCUUACUUCCAACGACAUUGGGCAUGGUGACCUUCGCACUAGAAAUAUUGCUCUGGAAAUUCCGGGGCUGCAUUUACUCAGCGAAGGAGACUUGAUCGCCAGACUUGGUGAGCCUGAGAUGGGCUCAGUCACAAGGCAAGAUGGCAAGCCAUUGUCAUCAAAUAUACCAACACAUCUAGUCCGACCUUCGUCCUUCAGAAACAAGGACGUCCAAACUCUCCUCUCAGUCCCAUCGAUCAAGAUAAUUGACUUUGGUGAAGCCUUCUUCAACUACGACGCGCCCAAGACAUUGCAUACCCCGCUUCCAGUACGUGCACCAGAAAUUGUGUUUGGAGAUCAUCUCAACAAUCAAGUAGAUUUAUGGAGCGCAGGAUGUUUGAUCUUCGAGCUUGUGACUGGGCAGCCCCCGUUUGACGUUGUCAUGUUGACUUCCCCAAUGCUGGUUCAACAAAUGAUAGAGCUUAUUGACGAUGAUUUACCAUCAAGAUGGCACUUAAAGUGGCAAGAAAUGAGAAGUAAAGCAUCGGAUGAGGAGGAUACCUGGACACUGCAAAGUUGGAUGGAAGAGAUUUAUUUCGAUAAAGGCAAACAUCCGGAGUUCACAAGGGACGAAGUAAGAGCUGCAGCGAAGCUUAUUGCGCGGCUGAUGAAAUUUGAGCCAUCACUUAGGACCUCACCAACCGAUAUUCUAGCUGAGCCUUGGCUCCAAUAA